AUUCUGGUAAACCCUAAACCCUAGCCGAAUUAUAAUUUUUUUUGCGAAGUAGAAGAAGAAGAAACUCAGCGCGCAAACCACACUACCGAUUUACUGCUUUGUUCACUACUUUCUAAUGGCUCCCGCGAGGAAGAAACCUUCGAAGGCACGCAAGUCACCGAAGAACCCUAAGAAGACCCAACCCAUGUACGAUUCCAGCUCCGAUUCCGAAGAAGACAUGCCGUCGCAGCAGCAGCAACCGCAGCAACUUGAACUCGGCGAUGACAACUCCGAUUCGGCGUCGGAGCUCUCUUCUGAAGGGGAUGAUCCAUUAGCCGACGAUUUCCUCCAAGGAAGCGAUGAUGAUGAAGGGAAAGCCCCGGGUUCGGACUCGGGUUCUGGUUCGGAUUCGGAUGAUUAUGAUAUCGAGNUCCACUCAUAUUCGGAUAUGAAGAAAAACGUCAAAUGGUGUUACGAUGGUAGAAGACAACCUAAUGAACUCGAAGAAGAGGCUUUGCGUCCACCCGAUCUUUCUAAUCUCCAAAGGAGAAUUAAAGAGAUUGUUCGUGUUCUUUCAAAUUUUAACGUUUUAAGGCAAGAUGGGGCAACCAGGAAAGAUUAUGUUGAACAGCUUAAGAAAGAUAUUUGCACGUACUAUGGCUACAAUGAGUUUCUAAUGGGUGCUCUAGUGGAGAUGUUUCCAGUUGUUGAACUUAUGGAACUGAUUGAAGCCUUUGAAAAGCCACGCCCUAUAUGUCUAAGGACUAAUACAUUGAAGACACGCAGAAGGGAUUUGGCUGAUGUUUUGAUAAAUAGGGGUGUUAAUUUGGAUCCUUUAAGCAAAUGGUCAAAGGUUGGACUUGUUGUGUAUGAUUCUCAAGUGCCAAUUGGUGCCACUCCUGAGUAUAUGGCUGGUUUCUACAUGUUACAAAGUGCAAGCUCUUUUCUGCCUGUCAUGGCCUUGGCUCCUCAAGAGAAGGAACGAGUUGUUGAUAUGGCCGCUGCACCAGGUGGUAAAACAACUUACAUUGCUGCUCUAAUGAAGAACACUGGAAUAAUUUUUGCAAAUGAAAUGAAGGUACCAAGGCUUAAGUCAUUGACUGCAAAUUUGCAUCGUAUGGGUGUAUCCAACACUGUAGUCUGUAACUAUGAUGGAAAUGAGCUUCCAAAAGUUCUUGGUGUCAAUGCUGUCGAUAGAGUAUUAUUGGAUGCCCCUUGCAGUGGAACUGGGGUUAUAUCGAAAGAUGAGUCUGUUAAAACCUCUAAAAGUUUGGAAGAUAUACAGAAGUGUGCGCAGCUACAAAAGGAGCUAAUUCUUGCGGCAAUUGACAUGGUGGAUGCUAAUUCAAAAUCUGGGGGAUAUAUUGUUUAUUCUACAUGCUCAAUCAUGGUUGCUGAGAAUGAAGCAGUUAUUGACUAUGCACUCAAAAAGCGGGAUGUUAAACUGGUUCCGUGUGGACUUGAUUUUGGUCGUCCAGGUUUUAUAAGGUUUAGGGAACAACGUUUUCACCCUUCUUUGGAAAAGACAAGGCGUUUCUAUCCUCACGUACAAAAUAUGGAUGGGUUUUUUGUUGCAAAGUUAAAAAAAAUGAGUAGCUCAAAGCCUGGUGCAAAAUCAUCAGAAGUAGCCGAGAAGGAAGAAGAUAUUGCUACUACGGUGGAGAAUGAAAAGGAGAAAUCAAAUGAUGGCAAUAAAGAAAAUGGCAAUGCAACUUCCGAAUCUGAAUCCAAAAAGACGAAGAAAAGAAAGUUCCCCUCUAAACCAGUAAACGGUGUAAAAGAAAAUGGCAAAGAAUCUUCUGAAUCUGAGCCCAAAAAGAGGACGAAGAGGCAAUUUCCAUCGAAGGAAGAGAUUUCAAAAGCCAGGGAGGAGAAGAGGAACACUCUACGAGAAAAAAAGAGAAAAGGUAUUAAACAGCAGAAGCAAAAAAUGACCAAAGCCAAUGGCAAUAAGCAGUGAUUCAACUCCAAGACAGGAGUGCUAGGGUGAUUGUCUGUUCCAUUGAGAAGUGUACCCAGAAAUCAUAGGCAUGCCCUAUUCGUAGGGCACAUUUUUGUUUUGUUUCUUAGGGAAUUUAUAGUGUUUGGAAACAGAUCACGGAUGUGAAUUUUCUGGUCCGAGAUAGUGGCACAUGUUGAAGCUUUUGGUGGUUCUUUCUUUCACUUCCGGUCAUUUUUAGUUGUAAAACAAGUUUCCAAACACUUGGUUUAGCUGCUGAGCUUCAUUUUUACUUUCCAUCUUCCCAGCUGUAUAUCAGAAAAGAAAUAUUUCUUUUUCUUAUGUGCCAUCAAUUAAUUUUAAUUUAUUUUCUAUC